AUGCGACUUCAACAUUGUUGUUACGUACAAUCAGUUGGCAAAAUUCCAAAUUAUAGAAAUAAGCCAUCAUCAACAGAUUUUCAAUUGGAAGAUGUUGAAAAAUAUCUUGAAUCAGCCAUUCUUUAUCAAAAUGUAACUGAACUUCUUCAAAAACGUGAAGAAUUUGCAGUUGUUGAAGAUGAUUUUGGACCAACACUUACUCAAAUGUUGAUUCGUGGAAAGAAGCCAUCCUUUUCAAAUCUAAACGUAAAUGAAGAUGAUGCUAAAACAUAUGCAUUUGCUAUUGCAUUUUAUACAGGUGCAUAUAGUGAAAUGCUCAAUCUCAGUGCAAAUAUUUUUGCUCGACGAUGGCAACGAAAUAAAGCAACAGAUGCAGAAAAUGUACAAGGUCGAGUGGUACGAUAUGUUAAAUUGAAUGAGAAAGAUCUUAAAGAUUAUCAACCCGGUGAAAUUCUUACAUGGCUUCGAUUUAGUAGUUCUGAUAAAGGUGAUGAUAACAAUGCUAAACAUCUUAGAUAUUUUAAAGAACAUAAUACUAAAUUUAUUAUUCAUUCAUUAACUGGUCGAAACAUACGAGAUUUUUCUAAUUGUGCUAAAGAUGAAGAUGAAGUUCUUUUUUUACCUCAUUCCACAUUUCUUAUUGAACUUGGUCUUUGCAAAUAUGUUAUAUUAUGGGUUGAUGACCGUAUAUUCCAUGAAUGGUGGGAAAAUAAAGGACGUAUGGAAAAAGCAAGUACUCUUGGUACUCAAGUUAAUGUUCAUUUCAUGCCAAAGUCUACAACUGAAGAUACAUUGGCCUUUCUUCGAUCCGAAUUUGGAAAACGAUUAAAAAGUAGUGAGACAUUUCGAAUUGUCACGGAUAUGAAUCGAGAUAAUGAGAGUUCACCAAACGAUGCUGGUAUUCGUCUACUUUGUCAAGUGCGAAAGCUUGGAUUUCAUCAGAUAUGUCUUAUAUUUACUAGUAAUGCAUUGGAAGGACGCAGAAAAUUAAAAAAAGUUUUUCAAUGA